CCGUCCCCGCUGCAGCUUGUGUUCGUGUUCAGCCUGGUGGUCCACGGCACCAGCUACCGCUCCAUGACCGCCAUGGCAAAGCCGUCGUUCACAGAGGAGGGCAGCCUCGCCGACGGGGGCAUCGACCUCAAUAUGGAACAGGGGAUGGCAGAGCACCUCAAGGAUGUGAUCCUGCUGACAGCUAUCGUCCAGGUGCUGAGCUGCUUCUCCUUCUACGUCUGGUACUUCUGGCUCUUGGCUCCGGGCCGCGCGCUCUACCUCCUGUGGGUGAACAUCCUGGGGCCCUGGUUUACAGCAGACUCUUCGCCGGCCAGCCAGGAGGCCAACGAGAAGAAGCAGCGGCGACAAGAGCGCCGUCAGAUGAAGCGCUUCUAACCCGGGCUGGGGAGAUGGAUUUGAUGCUGUCUCUCAUCUCCAUGCUGUUCAUCAGGGAUGCAACUGAAGCCAAUCAGAAACCAUCGCAGUAUCUGUGUUGCCCUGUCAUUGCUGCCAUUUCACUCUAAAGGCUGCAAGAGCCUUCCCUUGGUUGGUUCUUAGUGCCAGUCGAGGCCUUGCUCCUUGUGAUGACAAGGGUAGGUUAUGCUGGGAUGUGUGUAAAUACCUUUUUAAAGCAGUGCUGUAUUGCAUUCAGGGUUGGGGAUUGCAAUGUUGGAGGAAAUACUAUAUUAAAGAGCA